UCCCGCAGAACAGAAGUACUAGCAUGGCGCUCCGUGCGGUAGGAGUUCCGUUGUUUCGUCUGUAUCUAUUUCAUGUUAGGUUUUACUCAAGUCUCUGACAAAGGCAUGUUUACUGUAUAAGUUACAUGCCUGUAAAGAAAAAAACACAUCUCAUAAAAACGGUAGUAUUUGUUUAAAACUUAAGAGAUAAGUGGCGACUAUAUUUUGGGUGGGUUGCUAACUUAACGUUAGCAAGAAGGCAGAAAAUUGGGAGAUAGGGAGCAACAAGAGGAGGAGUCCUGUUUCGGAAAAGCUGAUGCGAAUGCCAUGGCCAUAGCCGAGGCAUGGGAGUGACGUGACAGUCCUUGAUCUGCUGUUGAACAAAAACCUUUUCAGGAUCAUGCUUUGCUGAAGUAGAGGCAAAAUACACAAAGAAUGGACGAGUCAGUAUUGCUGGAUUUGCUUGAGUGCCCCGUUUGUCUGGAGCGCCUGGAUGCUUCUGCAAAGGUUCUUCCCUGUCAGCACACCUUCUGCCGCAGAUGCCUCCAAGGCAUCCUAGGUUCACGCGGGGAGUUGCGCUGCCCAGAGUGCCGGACGUUGGUGGAGUGUGCCGUGGAUGAACUCCCAAGCAACAUCCUCCUCGUGCGGCUGUUGGAUGGCAUCAAGCAGAGGCCACGGAGGGCUGGCUCUGGGGCUGGAGUCUGCACAAAUGGUACGUCAGGAGCCAUGGCCAGGGUGCACGGAAGUGGGACGAGGGACCAGGGCACAGCGGGAGCUCAACCCCAGCGAGCUCAGGCUAAGAGCACCAUUGUCCGGGGUGUACCACAGCUCCCUUGUGCCAAGGCGCUGUACAACUAUGAUGGCAAGGAACCAGGAGACCUCAAAUUCAGUAAGGGCGACAUCAUCAUCCUGCGCCGGCAAGUGGAUGAAAACUGGUUCCACGGGGAGAUGGGUGGGGUCCAUGGCUUCUUCCCCACCAACUUCGUCCAGGUCAUCAAACCGCUGCCGCAGCCCCCCCCUCAGUGCAAAGCUCUCUAUGACUUCGAGCUCAAAGACAAAGAGGCCGACAAGGACUGUCUGCCCUUCUCUAAGGACGAUAUCUUGACUGUGAUCCGCAGAGUGGAUGAAAACUGGGCAGAAGGAAUGCUAGGAGAUAAAAUUGGAAUAUUUCCAAUUUCAUAUGUUGAGUUUAACUCGGCAGCACGUCAGCUUAUAGAGUUGGACAAGCCGCCAGACUCCAGCGGAGACUCUGGCGAGGGGGGCUCUUUGGGGCCUCAGAGCAACGGUGCCCAGCGGGCAGGGGAGAAGAAGAACACCAAGAAACGACAUUCCUUCACCUCUCUCACCAUGUCCCACAAACCCAUGCUGGCUCCCCCACCCCAGCGCCACUCUAUGGAGAUCAGCGGGCCGGUCCUCAUCAGCUCCAGCAACCCCACAGCAGCUGCCCGAAUUGGAGAAAUUAGUGGGGGCCUUUCCUGCAGCGCACCUUCACAGGUACAUAUUUGCACAACUGGACUAAUCGUGACCCCACCCCCUAGUAGUCCCGUUACUACAGCAACGGUCUUCACAUUUCCCUCAGAGACGAGCUACACAUCUAUCUCUUUGGAUGCUCUCCCACCACCGCCACCGCCUCCCCCGCAGGCCUCUGUUAGCGGAGCGGCAUAUUCUCUAGCUGCCGGACAGAGACCCUCCCCCAGCAUCAGCGACCAAAGUGGCAGACAAAGACCCACAGUCUAUGUGGCAAUGUUCCCCUAUACUCCCCGUAAGGAUGACGAGCUGGAGCUGAGGAAAGGAGAGAUGUUUCUGGUGCUGGAACGCUGUCAGGAUGGCUGGUUCAAAGGCACCUCCAUGCACACGGGCAAGAUUGGCGUCUUUCCUGGGAACUACAUGAGCCCAGUCAGCAGGACGGCGUCUGGGAGCGCGCAGUCCAAAGUGCCCAUGAGUCUUUGUACUCAGGCUGGCAGAGGAGUCACCAUCGUCAGCCCUUCCUCUGCUCCCCUUGGGGCCAUUGUUCCAGGGCCUGAUUUCAACAAACCUCUCACUGUGUGCUCCAGCGCUGUAUCUGCCGGCACCCAGCCUACAGUGGUGGUCACAGCAGCUCAGACAGCCACGGGCCAACAGCCAAAAGUCUCCAUGCACGUCGGCUCCCAGAUGACCGUAAAUCAGGCUCGCAAUGCAGUCAGAACAGCUGCUUGCCACAGUCAAGACAGGCCCACAGCAGCUGUGACACCCAUCCAGUCUGUGACACCCGUGACCUAUAUCCCCCACCUUGCAGUUUGCCCACAGCCUUCGUCCAGUGCUGCCCAAGGUUGUACCCGUGUGGGAGUGGCAAUGGGGUGCGCUGCUGUCUCCCUCACACCACCCAAUAUGAGCGCUGCAUCUCUGGAGUGUGAUGUUCUGAGACCUGUGCCUGUCCUCGCUUUGUCUGGAGGUCCUGGGAACAACGGUGCCCUUAAUCCCACGUCUAACAACGCAGCUCUCGCCUGCAGACUGGACAAGGAUGGCAAGAGAGAGAAGAAAAGUCUUCUAAAGCUCUUGUCCUCCAAUAAGAAGAAGUCUCGUCCUUCGCCCCCCUCCUCCCCAACCCUCGAGGCAGAACAGGCUGCUGCUGGUGAGGUGCUGCAUGGUGCCGUGGGCCCCGACACCUCCCCACCUGCUGGUUCAGUCAGCUGCCUCGAGUCCGAACCUGCUGCUGCUGCCUCGUCAUCCUCCUCCUCCCCCUUAGUCCCAGAAUCCUCCCAUCGGAAGAGCAGUCCUCUCGACGGAUGCGUUCCCAUCGCUCCUCCCCCUCGCCAGCCCUGCUCCUCUCUUUCAUCACAACAUCAUGACGCACGUCCCAUCAUAUGUGAGAGGUACAGGGUGGUGGUAUCAUAUCCUCCACAGAGCGAGGCUGAGCUGGAACUUAAGGAGGGUGACAUUGUGUUUGUUCACAAGAAGAGGGAGGAUGGCUGGUUUAAAGGCACGCUGCAGAGGAACGGCAGGACCGGGUUGUUCCCUGGUAGCUUUGUGGACAGCAUUUAGGUCACACAAAUGCUGCACCUGAACCCAGUUCGUCACCGUUUCAACACAGCUGACCGCCGCGUGCAGGAACAGGACCCUCAUAUUGACAAUUUAUGUCCAAAAAAAAAAAAAAAAAAAAAGAUGCUACAGGCAUAUGAGAAAGAGCUGCAGAGAGAAACAGGAUUUGUUGUCAAUGAAAGCACAGUGGACAGAGUUUGAGGAGAGCACACUACUCAUGAACUUUUUCUUUUUUGUUCGUUAUUUAUAUCUUUGUAACAAUCCAGCUGUUAAUUGUGUGCCUUGUACUGUUCCCCACUUUAUUGUACAUAAGGACACAAAUAUAAUUAGUCCUAAAACAACCAAUAUGAACUGUUUAACUGUAUGUUACACAUGUUAACUUAUUUCAUAUUGUCCUUUUUUUUUUUGUAGUGCCACACAUUAAGGGGUUAAGUAGAGCACAUGCCUUAUAUAGUAAUUGAAAUACAUAUUAGUUACACUUUUGUCUACUAGACUGCUGAUAAAGGUUUUAUCGUUAUUUUAAAGCAUCAGCAGGAAGGAGACAUAUCAGAUGGAACUGACCAGAACAAAUCACUUGUGCUGCAUAGUGAGAGAGAAUAGAAGAAGAGUCGUUCCCCCUGCUCUGAAGGCAUUACCUGAACCGGAGGACCAGAAGUGAGAUCUGCUGUAUUGCACACUCGAAUACUCAAGAAGCUACAAAUCGCAGCCUUGUUUACGCUGCACAUGACUUAAUAUUUUUUUCUUUUUAUUCUUUAAAAUGUAAGGUUGCAGCAUUAUGAGCUGUUACCUGCAGUGAUCAAAUAUUUGCAUGUGAUUAGCAAAGCCAUCACCAGGAGACACAGUGGUGAUGGGGGGUUGCUGGACUGUUUAGCUACGCCUUUUGAUAUUCUAAAAACAAAAACACUCCAAAAUAGACUUUGCUGUCAAUUAUUGCUUCAUUUGUACCUUGUUUGUAUUUACUGACCAGAGUAGCUGCUCUCCUAACCCCUCGGCAAAAGCCAAACCCAGACAGAGCUCUGCACCAUUAGAGCAACAUAACAUUUCAGUUACAAUGCAGAUUCUUUUCAGUGUAUAUUUAUGUUUAUAAGACAUUUCACAGAGGCUGAUGCCUGCUGCUCGGAGAGUUUGUGACAUUUUAACUAACCUGACAGAGAAAGCCCUUUGUGGGCUCGCAGAUUUUGGACAGUAUAACUCACUUCUAAUGUGACUCAUGGCAAUAUAACACAUUGCAAACUAAAGCACCAAAUGUUUGCAUAAAGUAGCCUAUUAAUGCAUCACUCCACCGGAAGAGGUGUGUGGAAUCUCAAUUUUUAUUGAAAUCAAUCACUUUGAGCCCUUGAUUUUUGUUUUAUUUUAAUUCUGUGGAGUUUUUGUUAAAUGUUGUACUGACUUGAAUUAUAAGAUUUAAUUGUGAUGGGAGGGAAAAUAAAGCAGGUCCUUUUUAUUUGUAAGUAAUCUCAAAAAACAUUAGGAAAACUAAGGCAAUCCCUCAGAAUGAAGAUAUUAACAGGUAUUAUUAUACUUUGACCUCCUGCCUCGAUGAUCUUGCAGCAGUUAAUGUCUCUGAUUCUCCCGAUGGGGUUUUCUUGAGGCAAUCAUUGACUCGUGCCAUAUUUGGCUUUUAGAAUUGGAGCUCAAAGCUUGAAGCACAAUUUAUUUUUGGUUACUUUUGUAAUUCUUCUGCCUUUGGUUGAUCAUUGAUGGGGACCACUGUGUAACUGCUGGAAUGUGUAGUUUGUUUGAAAUUUGGAGAAGUUAUGGAGAAUGAUGGUACAAAUCACUGUUAGGGUUUUUUGUUUUUUCUUUUUGAUUUGAACUGAAUUGAAUUAAUCUGAUUUUGCAUUGUUGUCUUGGCAAUCACCACACAAACCUCAGGCUUUUUGCUUAAACUUCCUCUCGAGUGUCUUCAUUACACUAGUAAGCCUUUAUUAUCGCACGACAGACUUAUAACAACACAGAUGCAAACAUUCAUACUGAUGUAUGCACCGUCUCCAUUUUUAAUCUUACUGACUUCCUGACCGUGUUUUUUCAUGCAUAGGCUGCACACUUUCAAAACAUGAAACAUUUCUUGAAAUAAUUGCAAGUCUUUCCUUACAUUUAUCAGAACGAAUGGCAACUUAGGAUUGCUUGUUUCAGCUUAACAUAUUUUCUAUAUGCCAAGGUGACUUACUUGAUUCUUUUUCUUUUUGUGUGUAGUUAGUCCAUUUUAAGUCUAGAAAUUGUGAAACUGAAAUCAAACUAUUUGGCACAAGUCUGUUAUGUGAAAAACAUUUGGAAGCAUUUGAGGGAAUCGCGCAUUUUGUAAUAAAAAAAAUAUAACAAUAAAAGCAAAUGGUUUCCAUCUUU